UGUCUCUCCUCCUACAUGUUCCGCCUCUCCGCCCCCAUCCCCGCAUUCCUCUCCCUCCUCUCUCCUAGGGUUAGGGUUAGGGUUAGGGUUAGGUGUAGGGUUUCGCUACCUCCCCUCUCCGCCCCCGCAUCCUCUUCUCCCCACCGCCCCCCACCACCACCACCUUCGGCGGCGGCGGCGGCGGCGGCGGCGGCGAUGGAGUGGCCGGCGAACCGCGUGAGGGAGACCUUCUUCUCCUUCUUCGAGGGGAAGGGGCACGUGAACUGGGCGUCGAGCCCCGUGGUGCCCGUCGACGAUCCCACUCUCCUCUUCGCCAACGCCGGGAUGAACCAGUUCAAGCCCAUCUUCCUCGGCUCCGUGAACCCCGCGACGCCGCUCGGGCGCCUCGCGCGCGCGUGCAACACCCAGAAGUGCAUCCGCGCCGGGGGGAAGCACAACGACCUCGACGACGUCGGGAAGGACACCUAUCACCACACCUUCUUCGAGAUGCUCGGGAACUGGUCCUUUGGCGACUACUUCAAGAGAGAGGCCAUCUCCUGGGCGUGGGAGCUUCUCACACAGGUUUAUAACUUGCCUCCCGACAGAAUCUAUGCCACCUACUUUGGUGGCGACGAAAAGGCUGGCCUUGCACCGGAUACUGAAGCUAGAGACAUAUGGUUGAACUUUUUGCCAGCCAAACGAGUAUUGCCUUUUGGCUGCAAGGACAACUUUUGGGAGAUGGGUGAUACUGGCCCCUGUGGUCCUUGUACUGAGAUUCAUUUUGAUCGCAUUGGUAAUCGCGAUGCUGCUUCAUUGGUAAACAAUGAUGACCCAACAUGCAUUGAGAUUUGGAACCUUGUGUUUAUUCAGUUCAAUCGCGAGAGCGAUGGCAGUCUGAGACCUUUGCCUGCAAAACAUGUUGACACAGGAAUGGGUUUUGAACGGUUGACUUCCAUCCUUCAAAACAAGAUGAGCAAUUAUGAUACUGAUGUAUUUUUGCCCAUAUUUGAUGCCAUCCAACAAGCAACAGGGGCUCGACCAUACUCUGGGAGAGUUGGAGCAGAUGACGUCGACAAAAAGGAUAUGGCUUAUAGAGUGGUUGCAGAUCAUAUUAGGACUCUUUCUUUUGCUAUUGCUGAUGGUUCUCGUCCUGGUAAUGAGGGGCGAGAAUAUGUUCUAAGGAGGAUUCUUCGACGUGCUGUUCGUUAUGGUAGGGAAGUUUUAAAUGCACAAGAAGGAUUCUUCAGCAGCCUUGUAGAAGUUGUUGUCAAAGUGAUGGGAGAUGUAUUUCUCGAGCUUAAGCAGCAUGAAUUGAAGAUUAAAGAUAUUAUUGCAGAGGAAGAAGCCAGUUUUGGAAGGACACUAGUGAAGGGAAUUGACAGAUUUAAAAAGGCUGUCAAAGAUGUUCAGGGGAAAAAGCUUAGUGGGCAGGAUGCAUUUGUUCUGUGGGACACCUAUGGUUUUCCGAUGGAUUUAACUCAGCUCAUGGCAGAAGAAAUAGGGCUGACUGUUGAUGUUGAAGGUUUUAAUGCUGCCAUGGAAGAAGCCAGACAAAAGGCUAGAAGUGCUCGGAAUAAGGCAACCGGGGACUCUAUUGUCAUGGAUGCGGAUGCUACAUCGGAAUUGCGUAAGAGGGGUCUGGCAGCAACAGACGAUAGUGCGAAGUUUGUAUGGCACAAGGGCCAUGAAAGUGUUGUCAAAGCUAUAUACACUGGCUCAGACUUUAUAGAUACUACCUCCCCUGAAGCGGAUAUUGGUCUUGUUCUCGAAAGUACAAGUUUCUAUGCUGAACAAGGUGGCCAGAUAUAUGAUACUGGGUCUAUUGAAGGAUCCUUUGGAUCAUUCCAAGUGAGUGAUGUUCAGCUAUAUGGAGGUUUUGUUCUUCACAUUGGUUCACUAUCUGCGGGCUCCAAGGCAUUGUCAGUUGGUGAUAAAGUAAUCUGCAAGGUUGACUAUGAGCGGCGUACCUUAAUAGCUCCAAACCAUACGUGUACUCAUAUGCUCAAUUUUGCUCUCAGGGAAGUACUUGGUGAUCAUGUUGAUCAAAAGGGUUCAAUUGUUCUUCCUGAGAAGUUGCGAUUUGAUUUCUCUCAUGGCAAACCUGUUCACCCUGAGGACUUGAGGAAAAUUGAGUUGAUUGUGAAUCAGCAAAUCAAAGAUGCGUUAGAUGUGUAUGCGAGUGAAGCAAACCUAGCUGAUGCGAGGCGUAUAACUGGAUUGAGAGCAGUAUUUGGAGAAAUCUAUCCUGAUCCGGUUAGAGUUGUUUCAAUCGGUCGUAAAGUCGAAGACCUCCUAAAUGAUCCUGAUAACAAAGAAUGGUUAUCCAUAUCAACUGAACUAUGUGGAGGUACCCAUAUAUCAAACACUCGAGAAGCUAAAGCAUUUGCCCUCCUAUCUGAGGAGGGAAUUGCUAAGGGUGUUCGAAGGAUAACGGCUGUUACAACUGAGUGUGCAUUCAAGGCUAUGGAGUUGGCAGCCUCUCUUGACUCUGAAAUUCGUGAUGCAACGAAGUCAGAAGGCAGCUUAUUGGAGAAGAAAGUUGCUUCUUUCAAAAGUAGGUUAGAUGCAGCAGCUAUUCCAGCAGCCACAAAAGCUGACCUCAGAGCCAAAAUUUCCCAACUCGAGGAUCAACUGAGGAAAGCUAAAAAGAAGAUAGGUGAAGAGAAUAUACAAAAAGCUGUUAAGGCAGCAACAGAGGUGGCAGAAGCUGCUGCUUCUGAAGGCAAAGCUUUUUGCGUCAGCCGAGCAGAAGUGGGUCUUGAUACAACUGCUGUUAGAGAAGCAGUUAUCAAAGUUAUGGAUCAGAAGGGGCUAGCUAUAAUGGUAUUCAGCACAGAUGAGGCAUCGAACAAGGCUGUGGUUUACGCUGGGGUACCCUCCAAUAGAUCAAAGGAUGGGUUUGCGGUGUUAGAAUGGCUAACCGCAGCAAUGGAGCCUCUCAAGGGAAAAGGUGGUGGUGGGAAGAAUGGUGUUGCCCAGGGCCAAGGUAGUGAUGCAUCUCGAGUCGAAGAGGCGAUAGAUAUUGCCACAAAGUUUGCUGCAAUGAAGCUGAGGUGAUAUUUAUUUGCAUCAAGGUUUAGUAGUGAAGCUUGUGAAUCAUCUGGUUUCCAUCGAUUAAAACCAGGUGACUAACGCUUGAUUUUGAUCAGAAAAAAAAAUGCAAAUUUAAUUCAUAGCAUUUGAUGAAACAAAAAUCCUAUGUCUUCAACUCCUCGAUGUAAACCAUAUUGACUGGAUACACAUAUUACUGUCGUUGUG